AUGGACGAUCUCGACCAGUUCGUGGAAUCAAAUCUUCUCUACACCCAGGAGAGAAUGAGUCGCUACCGCCCAGGUGGCUAUCAUCCCGUCACGCUUGGCGACACAUUCAAAUCCGGCCGUUACAAAGUGUACCAUAAGCUGGGCCACGGCGGCUUCUCGACUGCCUGGCUCGCAAUCGACCAAUCACUCAAACGAUGGGUUUCCCUAAAGAUUGCGAUAGCUACGAGCACCGAGUCUUCUCGAGAGUUGGCCGUUCUUAAGAGGUUGAAGGACGCUCGUGUAGGACACGUCGUCGAGCUACUCGACUCCUUCGUUCAUCAGGGACCUAACGGGAGACAUGCAUGUCUCGUCUUCGACCUCCUCGGGCCUACGCUUGACCACGUAAUCAGUGACUACCGGGACGAUGAAGACCCCGACGAAGAAGACUACCUCAAACCCGCGACGAUCCUGAAAAUCACGGGGCAGCUCUUACAAGCCCUUGCAGCUAUGCACGGAGCGGGCUAUGCGCACAGAGAUAUCAGCGGAGCAAACUUGGCUUUCACUGCUCACAAGCUCCGCAAGCUGUCAGCCAAAAAGAUGUUUGAUGUCAUUGGGGCCCCAGUUACUGAGCAACUUGUUCGCUGCGACCGGAAGCCGCUCCACCCUUCAAUGCCCCGGCAACUGGUCCAAAAGUCUGGCUGGGACAUGUGGGUUGACGAGGACAAGGAGGAUGUCCGUCUCAUUGAUUUCGGCGAGGCAUUCGCUCACGGCGCUGAACCCCACCAGCUUGCGGAACCGCCUGGACUGGAGGUGCCCGAAAAGAUAUUUACCGGGAGAUUUGACUACAGGGUCGACCUCUGGCGAGCGGGAUGCUUGAUAUACACCCUAGUGUUCGGUACCAGGCCCUUCCAGUCUCUUGGGGAUGUAGACAUUGUGGUAGCGCAGAUGAUACAUUUUGUGGAGGACUUGCCAGUGGCAUGGCGACGUCAGUGGGAAGCCCGGAGACAGAGCGCUGGAAAGGACUUACUACGUCAGUGGAAAGGACCGUCAAAGCUCGAGGUAAAAUUCAGGACGGGAGUCAAGGACCCGAGCCUGCGACGCCUUCUGCCCAUUAUUCAGGGGCUGAUGCGGUUCCAGCCAGAGACGCGCAUUUCGGCGGAGCAGGCGCUAGGAAUGCUGAAUAGCUGA